AUGGCCUGUUGUCACAACGUAAUGCUGUUGCUGGAUACGGCGGGCGGCGGCGCCGCCGGCCACAGCCCGGCCCGGCGGGCCGCCCUGCGCCUCCUCAUCUACCUCAGCUGCCGAUUCGGCCUGGCCAGGGUCCGCUGGGCCUUCCGGUUCUUUGACUCUCUGGGGGCGCGGAGCCGGCCCCCCCGCGUGUCCGACUUCCGCGAGCUGGGGGCCCGCUCCUGGGAGGACUUCGAGGAGGAGCUGGAGGCCCGGCUCGGGGACGGCGCCCCCGGGGCCCCCCUGCCCGGCCCGGCGCCCAGGGCCACCCACACGCACAGCGCCCUGAUGGAGACGCUGCUGGACUACCAGUGGGACCGGCCCGAGAUCACGUCGCCCACCAAGCCGGUGCUGCGCAGCAGCGGCAGGCGGCUGCUGGACGUGGAGAGCGAGGCCAGGGAGGCCGGGACCGCGCUCGGGGGCUUUGGGAACGCCGUCUUCCUGCUGGCGCCCUGUCCGCACUCGCAGAGGGAGCUGCUGCGGUUCGUGUCCGGCUGCGAGGCCCAGGCCCAGGCCGAGGGCCCGCCGCCCACCGCUAAGCAGGUGAUGGAGAAGCUGCUGCCCAAGAGGGUCCAGGAAGUCAUGAGCGCCCGGAAAGUCACCUUGUACUGGGUGGACACCACCGAGAGGUCGCAGUUGUGGGAGUCCCCAGACCACCUCGGGUACUGGACUGUAUGUGAGCUGCUCGACCGUGUAGGAGGCGCUGUCUUGCCUUCGGAAACUUGGAGCCAGGAUGGUACGAAAGCUGGGGACACUCUGCUUGGUGGCGAGAAGCAGCUGUCAAGGGAACCUCGCCUCUCUUCCUGGAUUUCCACUCUGCCAACUGAUUCUACUUUACACUGUUUGCUCUACAAUUCUCCUGAGUACGAAGCCUCAUUUCCACGGACGAAAGGAACGUUAUUUCUCCCUGUUGAAGGCAAAGGGGUUCAAGAACCAUGUGCAGUUGCCCUGGAGCCCCUGACCAUGCAUCAGAGACAUUUUCAGAAACCAGCCAGGAUUUUUGUGACAGGCACAGCCGCCCAGUGGUCUCUGCCGAUGAGCGACGCUGUGGGCUCCGAGAGCUGGCUGCUCCAAAGUCCGGCGGAGAGCACAUCAACCCAAAAGGCGCUGUUUGGGCAGCUGGUGAACAGGCUGAGUGCCGAAGAGUUACACCUGGUUGCCAGUGUCGACCCCGGGGACGGCUGGCCCCCCGUCACCGGAGUCCUGGGCCCCUUCUCUGCCAGCGCUAUGGUCCUCACUGUGUUCCGUGCAGAGGAGGCUGGAUUUCAGAGGCACCUUCUCCCGGCAGUCGUGGCAGAGAACCUCCAGGACACAGCGUCCCUCUUCCCCGCUGUUGUGGAUGUUGCAUUGCAUCAGAUUCGCGACUUACUGGGAGAUCCUGUUGCCUCUGCGCCUCCCGGUCCAGAGUGGGCCCAGCAGGAACUUGGCCGUACGGCGCCCUGGACGCCUGCCGUGGCUGAGCGUUGGUUUCCCUGCUCCAACCUGAGCGGCGCCAGUUCCAGCUUGAUGGAGUCAUUCUGCUUGCUGCAGGCCGCCUCCUGCAGGCGGGAGGAGCCCUCCAAGGCCGACGGUGACCUCACGCGGCGCCUGUCCGAGCUCUACCUGAGGAAGUCUCGCGAAGAAUCCGCUGUGCCUAACCCGGAGGAUGGCAGAAAGAAACGGGGAGUCCCUUGCACUCCAGUGAGGCAGAAGAUGAACGCCAUGUGCCGCUCCCUAAAGAUGCUGAAUGUGGCCAGGCUGAAUGUCAAGGCCCAGAAGUUGCAUCCAGAGGCCAGCCCAGAGGCCGCCGGGGAGAGGGGGGCCCAAAAGGCAGCCGGCGGGAGAGCGGCGGGCAAACUGGAAGGCAGAGGAAGGGCGCGGAGCUCCAGACCAAGAGAUUUUAAAACUGAAGAGGAGCUACAAUCUUACAUACAUGAAAAUUACCAAAAGACUGUGGCCACAGAAGAAGCCGUGUUGCAUUCCUGUGCUCAGAACAUGGUCUCCACCAUUAAAGCGUUCCUGAAGUCCAAAGGCACCCAGGACUUGGAGAUGAACUGCUUGAAUCAAGUGAAAAAUAACCUCUUAAAAACUAGCAAAAGUCUGAGACAGAAUAUAGGGAAAAACCUGGGUAAAGAAGACAGAGUCAGAGAGUGCCAGCUUCAGGUGUUCCUCCGCCUGGAGCUGUGCCGGCAGUGCCCGUCGGCGCACGCCAGCGUGGAUGACAUGGAGCAGGCGGUGGAGGAGGUGACAGAUUUGCUGCGCACAGUGUGUUUAACUGAGGAUUCGGCGUACCUGGCCAAGUUUCUGGAAGAAAUUCUGGGCUUGUACACAGACUCCAUCCCAAAGACACUCGGGAAGCUUUACGACAGCCUGGGCUUUGUGAUCCCUCAGAGGCUGGCCGGCGUCCUUCCGACGGACUUUUUCAGUGACGACUCCAUUACGCAGGAGAGCAAAUCACCGCUUCCUUCUGCACCUCUUCCGUCAGGAGCUCACAGGUUGGCGUCGGGCGGCACUGAGUCCGACCAGCUGGAGGAGCUUCGGACCCGAUCGGCGAAGAAGAGAAGGAAAAAUGCACUGAGAAGACAUAAAAGCAUUGCGGAGGUCUCACAGAAUCGCCGACAAAUUGAAAUUCCCAAAGUGUCCAAGAGAUCCGCCAAAAACGAGAAUUCUCGCCCUGGUCUUCAGCAGCCUUCUCUCCCAGGGAAGAAUACGGUACAAGAAGUGACCAAAGUUCGCAGAAAUCUCUUCAACCAGGAAAUGUCUCCUUCGAAGCGGUCGGUGAAGCGGGGGCUGCCCAGGAGCCACUCCGUGUCGGCUGUGGAAGGCCUGGGGCAGGGGCUUGACGGCUUCGAGGGGACCAAAGGUCACCACAGGCUGCUGACGCGCCGUGUGGCCGAGACUCCGGAGCACAAGCAGGUGUCCCGGAGGCUGCUGCACAGACAGGUCAAGGGCAGAUCCUCUGAUCCUGGUCCUGAUAUUGAAGUUGUUGAAGAGUCCCCAGAAAAAGGUGAAGAAAUCAGUCUGAGAAGAAGUCCUCGAAUCAAGCAACUGUCAUUCAGCAGGACAGAUUCUGGCCCCUUCUAUGCUGUGCCUCUGCCGAAGUCGCGGGCUGUGCAGAGAGCUCGGUCGUUUCAGCAGAACAAGCCAGAUCAAAGAGAAUAUUCUACCAUCCCAAGUAUUCAAUCUCCAAAGACACUUCUGUUCGGGGCAGUGUCUCAGAUCGUCAGUCCCUCAGAAAAGGGCUCAGCUCAGAUGAAAAAGACUUCCAGAAAAAAACUGGCUUCUGAGAUGGCAACAGACUAUCAGACUCCAAGGAAGAGGUCCUGGACGCCUCCCGGCUCUCCCGCGGCUGCGCCCGGAAGGGUCCCUCGCACACCGCAGAGCCUGCCCUGCACCCCUGAGAGGCCGCAGAGGCCCCCUGCGGCCCAGACCCCUGCGCGGCAGGCGCUCUUCCUGUCCUUUCACGAUUCCCCGGCACUUGGCUGCGAUCUACCUUCUCCACCAAAACUCCCUGCACAGAAAGGACGUCCCCGGCCGGAAAGCGGUGCCUCUCCACACGGGAAGACGCCCAGAACUCCCACGAGGCCACGGGGCCAGCCCCUUGGGUUUCGGCAGAAUUCUGCCUGGCCACCUGCCGUGACCUGCAGUCCGGGAAGCCCCUCCCGGCUGGCCACCGGCAAGCACAGGCCUGGGCAUCUGACUCCCAGGGGAGCCUCUCUCGGGUCGUCCCCCGGAACAGCUGCGGCAGGGGUGCGAAGGGACACAACCCUCGUGGGCACGCCUCCCAACCAGAAACACCAAUGUCCCCACACCCCUCGAGGCGCUCAAGACGAGAAGCCAGCACAGAAACGGAAGGUCAGAGCUGUCAGGACCCCGGAGAGACCUGGGGACACACCCAUGACGCUUUCCCCGCCUGUUCCUCCAAAGGAACCUCCGCUCUCUCCUGUGUGCCACGUUUGCCGGAGUCCACGUGGAAAACCUCUGGCAGGGCCCCCUGCCCCUGGAGAACUGGAGUGGAGAGCGCCCCAGACACUGCCCAGCGCCGCCCCACCUCUCUCCCGUCCCACCCCUUCGGCUCCCCCUCGAACCUCUCAGAGAGCUGGCUCUGACGCCACGCCUGGCCUGCCCCCUUGGCAGAUCGGGAGAAGGGACAAAGGGACCUCUGAUCUGGAGGGCAGCUUCCCCAAGAGCGAGCCUCAAACCUCGGCUGCUCCUGCAGGUGGUGCCGCGGACAGCCCGGCUGCCGUCACCAACACUAGCACACACCUGGAGGACGUGGACCCCUCCUCCCCUCAGUCGCCCCAAAGGCACCGCGACCCUGGGCCUGGCUUCAGCAGCGACACAGAGCACCUCACCCUCCUGGAAGGAGCAGAGCACCACGGUGCCAGGGACCAGAAAGACUGCCCUUCUCCCUUGGGCAGAGGUGCACGGCUGAGGACGGUGGGUGCCGAUGAGAGGCCUCCAUCUCCCCUGGGGGAGCCCCUGUCUCCUCCUCUCCGUGGGCCCAGCUGUCCCCCGACACCGCCCUGCGCCCUGCGCCGGGGCAGCCACAGGGGGCGGCACCCAGCACCUGCCCCCACCCUGCUCUCAGGGGCCCCUGCCGAGGCGCAGACCUACGAGGUGGAGCUGGAGAUGCAAGCUUCCGGCGUGCCCAAGGUCCGGAUUAAAAAGAGAGACAGCAGCCCUCGGUGGUCGGAAGCCGAGCCCCUGAGGGCCCAGAGCGCGCCCCCUGGCCUCGGCGUGCCCAGGAGCAGCAAGCCCUGCAAACUCGAUGCCACCUACACGUCACCCCCCUGCCUCCGCCCUGCGCACAGCAGCCCCAGCAAGAGUGGCGGACAAACCUACAUCUGUCAGUCCUGCACCCCGACCCACAGCACCCCCAGCCCGUUUCAGACGGACGUUGGGGUUCCUUGGACACCGUCCCCCAAGCACAGCGGGAAGGCAACUCCCGACACGAUCAAGGACUGGCCCCGCAGGAAGCGGGCGACGCACUGUGGCCUGGGCGCCGCAGACCUGGUGGCUGGUGGGCCGCUGCCCCGCCCGGAGGGCAAGGAGCCAGGCCUCGAACUCGCCGUCAGCAAGUCUCCACUCCUGGGGGAGUUUGAGCUUGAGGGGGUGUGUCAGCUGCCAGACCAGUCACCUCCUGCAGGCAGUGCUUCUAAGGCCGAGGAGACCUUCUCGUGGGGGCAGUUCGGGUCGGGUCCCAGGAAGAGACUACUUUCUGCCCAGGAAGAAGCUGAGUGUGAGGCCAAGAGGGUCUGUGACAAGCCGAGAGGAGACUCCGCAGUCAGUCAGAGCGAGGAGAGGUGCCCGAGGACAGAAGCGCAGCCGGUGCCCACCACGGGGGACGACGAGGCGCUGGUUUCAGGUGCCACCCCGCCACCCGGCUGCGCCCUGCGCAGCUGCCUGUCCGCCAGCGGGCUCCAGGCGCUGACCCAGUCCCCGCUGCUGUUCCCAGGGAAGACGUGCUCCUCGCAGCGCAAAGACGCCACAGAUGAGGACACGGACGUGUUCCUCCCGACGUCCGAGGACUCGCCUUUCAGCAGAGCCUUUUCCAAGCGACGGCCCAUCAGCAGAACUUACUCACGGAAGAAACUGAUCAGCUAGUGCGGGCGGCACCACCAGGGGACUUGCAACCACAGACACUACAGCGCCUGUCCAGA